UUCCACUUUCGUAAUUUCGUUAAGUGAUAGACUGAGAUCCCCUGCUUUUACGUGCAGAAAAUAGCAGAAACAGAAACGCCCUCUUUCUCUCUCCAUCUUCCGAAUCACUCUCCUUCGGAGGAAAGAGGAAAAUAUUUUCCGAUCUGGGAUAAUCAUCUUGUUAUACUCUUGGAGGGAUAUGGUAUAUAUCCAUAUAUAGUUAAUACACCAUGGAAGCUUAUAAGGACAGAAUUUUGACUUGGCUGGAACGCUUGGCCCAAGGUGAUUAUCUCAUGGGUGGAAAUAACUAUGGGAUUCUGGGUGCAAUUACUCUGGGUAUUGUCAUACCAUUUCUGCUUUCUACUGUAUUCUUAGUGAAGAAAAAGGGUAAACAAAGAGGGGUACAGGUAGAGGUUGGUGGUGAGCCAGGUUUUGCGAUGCGUAAUCGUAGAUUUGAUAAAUUAGUUGAAGUUCCAUGGGAAGGGGCCACAACCAUGGCGGCUCUGUUUGAACAAUCUUGUAAAAAGAAUGCCCGUGAUAGGUUUCUUGGAACAAGAAAGCUUAUCGGCAAAGAAUUAAUCACAGCCAAUGAUGGGAGGAAGUUUGAGAAGUUACACCUGGGGGAUUAUGAAUGGAUAACUUAUGGAGAAGCAUUUGACCGUGCCUGCAACUUUGCUUCUGGUCUAGUUAAGUUGGGUCAUAGUCCUGAGAGUCCUGCUGCAAUUUUUUCUGAAACACGGGCAGAGUGGCUUCUUGCUUUUCAGGGAUGCUUCCGUCAGAAUAUUACAAUUGUUACCAUUUAUGCGUCUCUAGGCGAGGAUGCUCUCAUUCACUCACUCAACCAGACCCAAGUAUCGACCUUGAUCUGUGAUUCCAAGCAAUUGAAAAAGUUGGCUGCAAUAAGCUCAAGCUUGGAAACUAUUAAGCGCAUUAUUUACUUUGAAGAGGAGGAUGGAGCUACAAUUGAUUCUGGUUUAUUUGGGGAUACGAGUAAUUGGACAGUUUCAUCUUUCUCUGAAAUUCAGAAACUGGGAAAAGAGAGUCCUGUUAAUCCAAGAUUACCUUCCAAAACUGAUGUUGCUGUCAUCAUGUAUACAAGUGGCAGUACAGGUCUACCAAAGGGAGUUAUGAUGACUCAUGGCAACAUUGUAGCAACUGCAGCAGCAGUUACAACAGUCGUUCCUGGAAUAGGCAAAAGUGAUGUGUACUUGGCAUACUUGCCCCUUGCUCAUGUUUUUGAACUGGCAGCUGAGACUGUGAUGUUGUCUGUAGGUUGUCCAAUUGGGUACGGUUCAACAUUAACAUUAACAGACACCUCAAAUAAAAUUAAGAAAGGGACAUUGGGAGAUGCUUCUGUGUUGAAACCGACACUUAUGGCAGCUGUUCCAGCUAUUUUAGACCGUGUUCGGGAUGGAGUGCAGAAAAAGGUUGGGGAGAAGGGUGGGUUGGCAAAGAAAUUGUUCAACUUGGCUUUUAAGCGCAGACUAGCAGCAAUUGAAGGAAGCUGGCUUGGGGGUUGGGGACUAGAAAGAAUUAUAUGGGAUGCUAUUGUUUUCAAAAAAAUACGAUCUAUUCUUGGGGGACAUGUCCACUUCAUGCUCUGUGGUGGAGCUCCAUUGUCUGSUGAUACUCAACGGUUCAUCAAUGUCUGCCUAGGAGCUCCUAUAGGUCAAGGAUAUGGUUUGACUGAAACAUGUGCUGGAGCAGCUUUUUCUGAAAGUGAUGACAUGACUGUGGGUCGUGUGGGUCCACCACUUCCUUGCUGCUACAUUAAGCUUGUCUCUUGGGAAGAGGGAGGAUAUACAAUUUCUGACAAACCAAUGCCUCGAGGAGAGAUUGUAGUCGGAGGGCCCAGUAUAACUUUGGGUUACUUCAAAAAUGAUGACAAAACCAAAGAGGUGUACAAAGUUGAUGAGAAGGGUUUGCGCUGGUUCUACACUGGUGAUAUAGGACAGUUCCACCCAGAUGGAUGCCUUGAAAUUAUUGAUAGGAAGAAGGAUAUUGUCAAACUUCAACAUGGAGAAUACGUCUCCCUUGGGAAGGUUGAGGCAGCUUUGAUAUCAAGCAACUACGUGGAAAAUAUCAUGGUCCAUGCAGAUCCCUUCCAUAGCUACUGUGUAGCAUUGGUAGUGCCUCCACAGAAGGUCAUUGAAAACUGGGCCCAGAGUGCUGGCAUUGAGUACAAAGAUUUUCCAGAUUUGUGCCUGAAAGAAGAAACAGUUCGUGAAGUUCAGCAAUCCCUUUCCAARGUAGCGAAAGCUGCAAAGCUUGAAAAGUUUGAAAUUCCAGCAAAGAUUAGGUUGUUGCCGGAUCCAUGGACACCAGAAUCUGGAUUAGUAACUGCUGCUCUGAAGUUGAAGAGGGAGCAGCUGAAAGCCAAGUUCAAAGAUGAGCUUCAGAAGUUGUACGAGUGAAUUAUUAAAUGUUAAUUCUAGCUUACUUUUUCUCAUAGCUUGUACUUUACCAAGGAAGGAACAAUGAAGGAUCUACAAGUUUUCCCAACUUUCAUCUUUCACUGUAUUUGAAUGUGGCUGUACAAGGUCAUGCCUUUGACUCGGUAUGAGUCGCACAUUAAGAGUAUAUACUCUUAAUCUCAA